AUGACAAGGGAAAAUUAUACCGAGUUAAGGCAAAUCGCGGAUGGCGCGACAAAGCACAUACACGCGUUGCAAGCUCUUAAGCGACCCACCGCGUAUUGGGACGAUAUUUUAAUACACGUGCUAUGCUCGAAAUUCGAUCCCCUCACACUACGCGAGUGGCAAUCUUCGCUUACGGGUAACGAAUUACCAUCGUCCAAACAAUUCUUCGAUUUUAUCACACGACAGUGUCAGAUGCUCGAAGUCACAAACAAAUCUAGCAACGUCGCGAACGUCAAGGACGGCACUGCCAAGGCACGCGCCAAGCGUCAAACAGCAUGCGCAGCUACCGUCAAGUUAAAAUGCAACUACUGUCGAGGGGAGCAUUCCAUUUAUUACUGCAAGAAUUUUUUGGCACUUCAGGUUCCUCAAAGGAUCGCGGAAAUUCGUUCUCGCAAAAUUUGCCUUAAUUGUCUGCGUUCCAACACGCACAUCGCUAGCAAAUGCACUUCAGGAGGUUGCAAGGUCUGCCAAGCCAAGCAUAACACGCUUCUUCAUAUGACAACCGUCUCGCAGCAAGCGCCUAAUUCCUCUAGCUCUUCAGGAAAGGGCAGCGACAACUCCAACUCCGCAGAAUCCUCUGCCGUAGUAGCGACACACGUCGCAGGGGGAAGUGUUAACGUCAUAUUGUCAACAGCCAUGGUGCACGCGCGCGAUCAUCAGGGCGUGCUUUGA